AUGGCGCCCGAAGCAGUCCACGGUAACGGCGGGCAGAUGGUGUUUAUCGCCGUCAUGGGCGUCACGGGCGCGGGGAAGAGCACGUUCAUCCAGACCGCGAGCGGCGACUCGCGCGUGACGGUCGGGCAUGGCAACAAGUCUUGCACCACGGACAUCGUGCCCUGGCGGUUCAAGCACGGUUCGCACGACAUCACGCUCAUCGACACGCCCGGGUUCAACGACACAACACGCGGCGAGACGGAGGUCCUCAAAGAGAUCGCCGAGUGGCUCGCGCUCAAGUACAAGAACGACAACACGCGCCUGUCGGGCAUCAUCUACAUGCACGCGCUGGACGACCGGCGGAUGUACGGCUCGACGCUGCGCAACCUCAAGAUGUUCCGCCAGCUGUGCGGCGAGGAGCCCAUGCGCAACGUCAUCUUCACGACCACGGGGUGGGGCACGGCGCGCAAGGCCGAGCAGCUCUCCAAAGCCUUGGAGAAGGAGAGCGAACUCUGCACGGACUCUCUCUUCUGGGAACCCAUGCUGCGUCGCGGAGCGCAGACGGCCCGCUUCGAAGACAGUCGCGAGUCCGCUUUGCGCAUCAUCGACCGCCUUGUCCCGCGGAACCCGGUGGUCCUCCAGAUCCAGCACGAGAUGGUCGACGAGCAAAAGAACCUGAUCGACACGGCCGCGGGCGCGACGGUCAACGAGGAGAUCAAGAAGCUCGAGGCCCGCUACCGCGACGAGAUCGCCAAAGUCCAACAAGAAAUGCAGGCCGCCCUGGUCGACAAGGACGCCGAGCUGCACUCGGCGCUCGAGGAGACCAAGACCCGCCUGGAACAUCUGCGCGAGGAGAACCAGCGUGCGCGGGAGUUGUUGCAGUACGAGCGCCGCAACGCGGAGCGCCGCCACGACAACGCCAUGCAGGACCUGCGCAUGGCGCUGGAAUCCCAAAAGGUGGAGGCGCGGCAGAAGGAGGACCAGAUGCGCGCCGAGGCCGCCGCGCAGCGGUACGCGGAUCGCAUGCGCUUUGACGAGGUCGUCGCCACGAUUCGUGCCAACGUCGAAAAGGUAAGGCAUGAGGACCGCAUCGCGUUUGAGGCCGCCAUUGCGCGGAUCGAGGCCGAAUCUCAGAAACCGCAGAAGCCACAGAAGCCGGGUAGUAGCGGCGGGGGAAAGAGCGACCGUACGAAACGUCUAUUGUUGGGUCUGCUGCCCACGGUGGGCAGUGUCGCUCUGGCGGCGGUGGGGUUGCCUUUGGGUCUUAACCCCUUUUCGGAGUUUAUAAAAAUCAUCCGCGACGAAUUUGACUCCUCGGACGCCAACGGAGACGGUGAAGCAGGAGCCGGAUGGGAAGGCCCGGGCCAAAACAUGGCGUAUCCGGAUACCGGUGCAGAUACCACUACAAACACGUAUACUGAGUAUGAGGUGGAAGAGUAUGAUGGGCCAUAG